CCCACCUCCCCCAACCCCGCCCCGCUUCGCCGUCGACGGACUGAGGGUCGAAGUGCUGGAAGCUCUUACUGUUCCGGCGUGCAGGAAAGUAUGUUAUGCAUAAAAGUGGAUAAUGUACAGGAUAAAUGAAAAUGGCCAAUUCUUUAAGAGGAGAAGUAUUAAAUCUUUAUAAAAAUCUGCUGUAUCUUGGACGAGACUAUCCAAAAGGAGCAGACUAUUUUAAAAGGCGUUUGAAGAAUGUUUUCCUUAAAAACAAAGAUGUGAAGAAUCCAGAGAAGAUCAAAGAACUUAUUGCACAGGGUGAAUUUGUAAUGAAAGAGCUAGAAGCCUUAUACUUCCUUAGGAAAUACAGAGCUAUGAAGCAACGCUAUUAUUCAGAUACCAACAAAACUACUUGAUCAUUACAACUUUAAUUUAGCUGACAAUCAGUGCCAGCUGUUUAUAUAUACCAGCUAUUGUAAAAUAAUUCUAACGUAAAAUGGGAAGAUACACGUUGUGUAAAAAAUCCAUGAGCUGCCCUACUGAACUAAGUAGGUUUCAGCUUCUGUUCAAACUGAGAGAUUUAUCACCAACUUUUAUGCUCAAUUUUGAUACGAAGAUAGCAAUUUAGCUAUACUACCACUUAUAAUGAGCACCCAAUUUUGAAUGAAAAUAUACACUUAAUUCUGUAACUUAAUAGGACUUAGCCAAUUAUUUUUAGCUUAUUUCUCCAUUUUGCUGAUCAGAAUGCCAUUUACUGAACAUUGAAUAAGCAAAAUAAUUUCUUACACACUUAUUUCUCUUAAUUUUUGAAAGGAAUCCCUUAUUUUUUCACUCAAUUUGGUAUAUUAACUGCACAUAUUCAGGGCUCACUACAAAACAAACAGUUCCUGGUAAUGAUUUAAACGUAGUUAUAGAAGUAAUAAUAUGUAUGGAGUCAUUACUUCUGCAUUGAAAUAGUCUGCUAGUGACAGGCAUUACAUACAUAACUAUUCAAUUAUUUUCAUUAUUAAUGUUACUGCUGCUACCUUUGGGCCUAAAACCAAAUUACCUGUUGUGUAUCAAUUACCUUCUUUGAUAAAGGAAAUAAAUAAUGUUAUUCUA